GUCGGGAGCGCGCGUUGAGAGGCAAAGGGGGAAGAGGGAGGCGCCGUGAUCGUGUCCGCUGCCUGCCUGCCUGUUAGUGAGGAGUCAGGACUGACAGCCAGCUGUGGUGCGGCUACCGCGACAACAACCGCAGCUUCUUUUAUUCCCCGCUGGAACCUUUACACCGUGUUUGGAACCUCUCUUGUGUUGCCGAAUCGAAGGGAAACGACGCCCCCCCCAAAAAAAGGCAAAGCCAAACGGCAGUGUCGUUGGUGGUGCUAGCUAGCUAAAGACGAGCCUUCGUUCAAGAUGAAUCCGCUGUGUAACAGAUGUAACCGAGUCGUCUACCCCACGGAAAAAGUCAAUUGUCUGGAUAAGUACUGGCAUAAAGGAUGCUUCACCUGCGAGGUCUGCAAAAUGACUCUAAACAUGACGAAUUACAGAGGUUUCGAAAAGAGACCAUACUGCAAUGCACACUACCCCAGGACAGGCUUCACCUGUGUGGCUGACACUCCAGAGAACAUCCGUCUCAAACAGCAGAGCAAGAUGCAAAGCCAGGCUCGCUACAGGGAGGAUUUUGAAAAGAACAAAGGGAAAUCUUUCACCGUGGUCACAGACACGCCAGAGCUGCAGAGACUUAAGAAAUCGCAGGACCAAGUCAGCAAUAUCAAGUACCAUGAGGAGUUUGAGAAGAGUAAGACUCCACAUCCGCAAGGCAACCCCAGCCCAGCUGCUUUCCAGCCCAUGGCAGCCCCUCAGAACUACCACCGUGAUCCUCACCCUGAGCCUGUCUCCCAGGCGGCAGCUGCCCCGCCUCCCAGCGCUGCUGGGAAGCGGUACCGGGCGGUGUACGACUACGCUGCCGCCGACGAGGACGAGGUGUCCUUCAUGGACGGCGACGUGAUCGUGGACGUGCAGCAGAUCGACGUGGGCUGGAUGUACGGCCGCGUGGAGCGCACCGGCCUGCAGGGCAUGCUGCCCGCCAACUACGUGGAGGCCGUCUGAGAGGAGGAUGAGAAAGGAAAGGAAAGGAAAGGAUAAAAAAAAAAAAAGCCCAGUGCCAUCUCAUAUUAAAUGCCGCUUCUCUUGAUUUAACCUCAUUUGACCCCGCCCUCUUUCUCUCUCUCUCUCUCUCUCUCUUUCUCUCCCUAACCUCAAGACUUCUUCUGUCCACCUUCUUGUCAGUCCGUGCUGAUGUCUGUCUCUGUUUGGGUGUGUCUCCUCGUCACGCAGCUCCAAUCCUCACUAUAGCACUUAACUUCCCCACCUUCAACACAGAUCUUUCUUUCUUUCUUUGCAGACUGGAACGUGUGUUUAAUCGACGCUCAAACACUUGUACAUUCCUUUGACCUCCGUCCCACGGAGAAGUUUUUGAAAUAUAUAUAUACAUACAUAUAUAUAGACCUGUCUAGCUAAUGUGACGCCCACAUUGUGGGUCAUGUUCAACUGGAAAAGCGCAGCUCCUGCUGUUUCCCCUCAAGACAUCCUACUUCCUGUUUGCUCCCAAAUGGCGUUGACUUUUUCGUCUUUUUUCGUCACCGUUUUGUCUAUAAAGUUGUCAGAGAAAAGAGGAGGACUUUAUCGUUUUAACUGCGAGGACACUUUUUCCCGUCUUAUCUUUAGUAAAUGUGGGUCUCCUUCCUCCUCACUCACGCUGUCCUUCCUUCGCCUUUGUUGUGAUCGCCAAGAUGCUUAUUUUCAAAAAAAGAAAAGGAAAAAAAAAAAGUGUAUUAAAGGAAUAAACCAGCAAUUCAAGUUUGUGUAGUCGGAGUUGGACGUGGCUUGGAACGAGGCGGGGACGGAGUGAGCGUUUGUCCGUGUAAAUAAUCUCCUUUUCUGACUGCGCUGGGGGAUGUGUGGUGUUUGGGGGUGCUCUCUAUGUAGCCAGGGGACAUUUUGUACCACGGUGUAUGCAUUGUUGAGGUCAACUGUGGACGCCACGCCUGCGCAUAGGUGGGGGAAUCUUUUUAAAUGGUGUACGAAAGCAUCACAGGCUUUUUUUUUUCUUGUCAGUUUGGGCAUUCACACAUUUCCCAUGACUUCUAAAGGGAGGAAUGCAAAGUUUGUGAUCAUAUUUCUAUAGUUACUAAUGCCAUUGUUUGUACGGAGAUCCUAAAGACAAGCAGUGUUAGGAUGCUCUCGAGUGGAGCUGCCUGUUAGUCAACCAAGGUCUUUUUUUUGGUUUUGUUACAUCCAAUCUUUACACAUCAAAAAACGUAGCGCCACCUUCUCAUUGACUCGCUUGUCCUCCUCGCCCUCUGCUGAACCCGUUGUUCCCUUCAGCCUUCGUCGCCCCUCUGUGCUUUCGUACCCAUCAUUCCGUUCUGCUCGCCAUUCUGCUUUAUAUACCGUAGGACUCAUGUUAUUUGCAAGUGGAGCGUGCAGACCAGUUUUGUGCAAUUCAUCUUGAAAAAAAAAUUUUCAGUAUGGUUUUCUUGUUUUACAAAAUGGAAUAAAGAUAGCAUAUGCAUAUUGACACCUUGUCAAAAAUUUAAAAAAAGACAAAAAAAGUGCAGCAUUCUCAGAUGUUAGGACCUGAAAUCAUCUCCUGUCAGCACUUCAUCUGUACUGAUGACUCUGCAGAUUCAAUAAAAAUGUCAUUUUUCUCAA